AUCUGCACAUAUUUAAAUUUCAGCAAUGGAUUACUGUCGGAUUUGUGCGCGAAAUGAUCGAAAUCCUUUAGUCUCCAUUCUGGAUAAAAAUCCUUUGAAUAUUCAAGAAAAGAUUUCAAAACUUUUGGGAAUAAAUGUGAUUGAAGAGAAUCCACUUCCACAUUCAAUUUGCCUUGAUUGUCUUUCUAAACUUAACCAUUUUAAUGAAUUUUUUAUGGCUUGCUUAGAAAAUCAAAUCAUUCUUGAAAUAAUUUUUGGUGUUAAUGGAGAAAAAAGUAAUUCUGAAGAAUCCAAAAAAGUCACAGAAAAAGUUGAGGAAGUCAAUCAUGAAACAUCAAAUGUAGUUGUCAUUGAAGACGUCCAAGUGGCGGGAGAAGCUAAAGAAGAUCAAAAUAUUUCGUUUGAUGAAUACGAAGUGGUUCUUGAUGACUCUGAUUAUCCAACUUUAGACUGUACCAAGAAUACUAAGAUACGCAAAUUUCACAGAUUUGAUUGCUAUUUGUGCUCCAAACGUUUCGAUGGGAAUCAAAAAUUUGUUCGGCACUUCAAAGAAUUUCAUCCAAAUGAUGAGUUACAUUAUAAAUGCUUCAUUUGUUCCAAUACUGUAAAAACUUAUCGAUCCUAUACCCGUCACUUAGAAUCUCACACCACUGAUAAGCAAUUUUCAUGUGAUGCCUGCAGUCGAUCAUUCUCACAAAAGAUUACGCUCAUUCAGCAUCUCAAUUCCCAUAGAGAUUUGAAGACAUAUAAAUGUGAUGAGUGUGACUCUUAUUUCAAACACAAUGCUUCCCUUUUUAAGCAUCGUAAGCAAAAACAUUCGAAGGAAAUACCGUCAUGUAUAGAAUGCAAAAAAUCUUUCGUCAGCAAAGAAACUCUUCGACAACAUAUGAGAAGUAAACACACAAUGGAAAAAAAUAUCCUUUGCUCAAUGUGCUCAAAAACUUUCUCAUCUCGUUCAGCUUUAAUUUAUCAUCAAAAGUCACAGCAUCAGUCAAGUGAAAACAAUCGAAAUAUUUGUGAUAUUUGUGAGAAAAAAUUUCAGACGCAUCAAAUACUGUUGCGACACAAAAUGAUUGUUCAUCAUAAAAAGGAAGUUUUAGAAAUUAAAUAAAUAUAUAUAAAAGGAAAAC